AUGAUGCCUUUCCUACUUGCUAUGUCACCAAGAAGAGACCCAUCAGAUCGUCCGACUGGUGGAGCAUCAAACGAGGAAAAUUCGGAAAAUCGAUAUCAGAAAAAUCAGAAAAAUCAAUUGCCAAGUGACGGAUUUUCUGGUGGAGACGGUAUAAAAAUGGCUGACGACGAGGAGGAGAUUAUUCAAAAAAUCGAAGUGAAACCCGACGAAUUCAAUGGGCUGAUUGGUUCGAUUGCUGGAAAUUUGAUUCGGGAUAAGGUCGGUGGACCAGGUGGUGACAUCCUCGGUGGCCUCGCCAGCAACUUCUUCGGAGGUGGUGGCGGAGGCGGCGGCGGCGGCGGUUUCGGCGGUGGAAACGGAGGAUUCGGAGGAGGUUCGAAUAGUGGCGGAGGAUUUGGCGGCAAUUCAAAUAACGAUAAUCAAGGAAAGAGAAAAAGGGACAUGGCGAAGGAUUUGAUUGGUGGAAUUUUUGAUAAUGUCGUCAAUCGGAAAGGCAAACGGGACCAGGAUAAUAAUGGAUUUGUCUUUUCACAAAACUACCGUAAUCCAGGCGGUCAGAAUUACGGUGGCGGCGGCGGAGGAAAUAAUUACGGUGGUGGCGGUGGAAAUCAAGGUGGCGGAGGAUUCGGCGACAUUCUCGGUGGACUUCUAGGUGGCGGAGGUCAACGAGGCGGCGGCGGAGGUGGACAGAACUACGGCGGAGGCGGUGGCAACAGCGGUGGCGGCAGCGGGAUCGGAUCACUGGUUGGAUCCCUGAUCGGCGGUGGCGGCAACACUGGUGGAGGAGGAGGCGGCGGCGGAAACUACGGUGGCGGCGGUGGCAAUCAAGGAGGCGGUGGAGGUGGAUUCAACCUCAACGAUAUUGGAGGAAUCAUCAAUAGUAUGGGAGGUGGCGGCGGCGGUGGACAGAAGCAAGGAGGAGGUGGCUUCGGCGACAUCCUCGGUGGCAUCGGCUCUCUGAUCGGCGGUGGCGGUGGUGGCCAGUACAAUGGCGGUGGUGGAAAUGUGAAUCCGAAUCGUCUAAACGGUGGAAUGGUCAACAUUAUUGGAAAUCUGAUCGGCGAGGCCGCUCAUCGAUUCUUGGGUGUCGACCCAUCGACAGGAAGGAUCAUUGGAGCAGUGGCUGGAAAUGUGAUCAUGGGAUUGGGUGGAAAAGACAACUCGUUGGGAAAUAUUGGAAAAGUCAUUUUGGACAAUAUCAUUUCUGGCAAGUUCCGACGUGAUGUCGAUCCAUUCGUCCGCCCGGGACCCGAUCCGGAUCGAGGAGGCGGUGGACAGGGACCAAGUCCAAUUGCUCCACGCCCGACAACGGAGCCACAAGAUUUCUACGAGUUGAGAGAUCAGUGUCUGCAGAACAAGCAACUCUUCGAGGAUCCUCAAUUCCAACCCGUCGACAGUUCGCUGUUCUUCUCGAAACGCCCACCAAAGCGUGUCGAGUGGCUGCGUCCCGGAGAGAUUGUCCGCGAGCCGCAGUUGAUCACCGAGGGACACUCUCGUUUCGAUGUUAUUCAGGGAGAACUCGGAGAUUGCUGGCUCCUGGCCGCCGCUGCUAACCUCACAUUGAAGGACGAGCUGUUCUAUCGUGUGGUGCCACCAGAUCAGUCAUUCACCGAGAACUACGCUGGAAUCUUCCACUUCCAAUUCUGGCAAUACGGAAAAUGGGUGGACGUUGUGAUUGACGAUCGUCUCCCAACAAGCAACGGCGAGCUCCUCUACAUGCACUCGGCGAGCAACAACGAGUUCUGGAGUGCACUUUUGGAAAAGGCCUAUGCCAAACUCUUCGGCUCGUAUGAGGCUCUCAAGGGAGGUACCACAUCCGAAGCUCUUGAGGAUAUGACUGGUGGACUUACCGAAUUCAUUGAUUUGAAGAAUCCACCACGUAACUUGAUGCAAAUGAUGAUGAGAGGAUUCGAAAUGGGAUCUCUCUUCGGUUGUUCUAUUGAAGCGGACCCAAAUGUUUGGGAAGCCAAAAUGUCGAAUGGACUUGUCAAAGGACACGCCUACUCAAUCACCGGAUGCCGUAUUGUUGAUGGUCCAAACGGCCAGACGUGCAUUCUCCGCAUCCGCAAUCCAUGGGGCAACGAGCAAGAGUGGAAUGGCGCGUGGUCUGAUAAUUCGAGAGAAUGGCGAAACGUGCCGGACUCGGUGAAACAAGACAUGGGACUGAAAUUCGAUCACGAUGGAGAGUUCUGGAUGUCAUUCGAGGACUACAUGAGGAAUUUCGAGAAAAUGGAAAUUUGCAAUCUGGGACCAGAUGUUAUGGAUGAGGUCUAUCAGAUGACUGGUGUCAAGGCGGCCGGCAUGGUUUGGGCGGCGAAUAACCAUGACGGAGCAUGGAUUCGAAAUCAGACUGCCGGAGGAUGCAGAAACUAUAUUAACACCUUCGCCAACAAUCCACAAUUCCGCGUCCAGUUGACCGACUCUGAUCCCGACGAUGACGAUGAGCUGUGCACGGUGAUUUUUGCCGUUAUGCAAAAAUACAGACGUAAUUUGAAACAAGACGGUCUGGACAAUGUGCCGAUCGGAUUUGCAGUGUAUGAUGCUGGCGGAAGUCGUGGACGUCUCAGUAAGCAAUUCUUCGCUGCCAACAAGUCAGCGAUGAGAUCAGCUGCCUUUAUCAAUUUGAGAGAAAUGACGGGACGCUUCCGUGUGCCACCAGGAAACUAUGUGAUUGUCCCAUCGACAUUCGAGCCAAACGAGAGGCCGAGUUCAUGCUCCGUGUCUACACGAACGGAUUCAUUGAGUCGGAGGAACUUUAAUCAUCUCUACGUCUUCUCUUCUCGAUUUCUCUCUCACUGCCACUGUCACGUCUCCUGA